AGACGUUCUGCCAAGAAGACCUUCCUUUCAGUCCAGAAUGGUGGAAGAGAUGUGAGAUACUCUGCAGUUGUCAGCCCUACGAGGAUCGAUGAUCACCUCGAAUGCAGGGCUCCUCAUAACUCGCGGAAGCACCGUGAUCUCUGACCUUAUAGUCCUAACUGUGACUGUACAACAUGUAGUUCCCAACCCGUGGUCGUUGUUGAAAGUGACACACCGCAGACAGCCAUUUGCACACAUAUUGCUCAGAGAUGGACUCUUGUAUUUUGCGACAUUGACGAUGCUGAGCGUGAUUGAGAUCUUUUUAGGGCAGUUCUUAGUAGAGUGGAUGAACGCUGUCCCUCCCUUCAUCUCGAUGAUAUCAACAAUAUUCGUCUCUCGCUUUAUCCUGGACCUUCGUGUGUGUGCGGCUUCUCCUGUCGUGGGGCUAGGCUCAACAGAGAGCCUCACACUCGGGGAUUCCAUAUCGAGCUCAUUGGUCUUCGCGGAGUUCUCCCAUAUCACACCUAUGGAACUCCCGGAUGCGACACUGGAUGAGCUUGGAAAUGACGGUGAUGCUGACGACGAUGAUCGCAUGUCCGACGUCGGAUUGAGUUCUUGUGGUGACGAGACCCUUUCGGAGCGCCAAGAAAUGGAGUCACGGCGAAUGCAGUAGUAGCAAGAGGGGAUGCGGCACCAUACUAAAGGCGUCUGCGCAAACUCCGAGCCGUGUUCGGAGUGAAUCUUCUGUGCCGAUAGGUAAUGGAUAUAACAACAACUCACGUUUGGAAUGAGGCUACAGCUGACUAUCGCUUCCCUCACGCAGUGAGAUUGUGAGGGCCACGGA